AGCUUGUUUGUUCCAGAAAAUAGAUUAAAGAAUUAUGGACAAUCUCUGUCAACUGCAUGUGAAACUGUCGCAACAACAUACAAUAACUACUAUGUCGAAAACUUUGAAAAUAUUAUAUGUAACUACUUUAUCUAUACAUUAAGGACAAAGUAUCCGAAUGAGAAAGUUGGCUGUAUCAAGAACUUGGUAUAUGAUCAAGUGCUUACAUAUUCCCAGUCAUCCUCUAUACCUAAUGAUAUUCUUGCCCUUUUUGAUCCGGAUGUGGCUAAUAAUCUUCCAAGUUUCUUAAAUCCUUUGAUUUCAGAAUUGAAGAAUCGCAUGUCCAAGCUUCCAGUGUCUAAAGAAAGCUUAAACAAUGAACCCUUCAAAAUUCUAUCUGCAUUAAGGGCAUAUCCUUAA